AAUCUCCUCCUCCUCUUCUUCGUCCCCCUCCUCCUCUUUCCUCCUCUUCCAUCGACCAAAGUUCAAAGCUGCUUCCACCGUUUACUUCCAGCGGUUUUUAUGGUUUUAUACGCAGUGAUGCUGUGAGGGAGUAACAGAGGAACCUUCCUGCGGCUCAGUGUCCAGACGUUACCGGGAACAUGAGCUUCAGUUCGCUGUGAACGGUUUCACAUCUAGAGUUUUUCCUCAGUUCUCCUGUUUGUGAAGUGUGCCUGUAAAUUCAACCAUGGCUCGUGGCUGCAUCUGCUGCGUGAAGUACAUGCUCUUUCUCUUCAACCUGCUCUUCUGGCUGGGUGGCUGUGGACUGCUGGGUGUCGGCGUGUGGCUGUCGGUUUCUCAGGGAAGCUUCGCCACGCUGUCGCCCUCCUUCCCCUCACUCUCUGCUGCCAACCUCAUCAUCACCCUGGGCACCAUCGUCAUGGUGACGGGCUUCCUGGGUUGCCUGGGUGCCAUCAAGGAGAACAAGUGUCUGCUGCUCAGUUUCUUCAUCGUUCUGUUGAUCAUCCUCCUGGCCGAACUCAUCCUCCUCAUCCUGUUUUUCGUCUACACCGACAAGGUGAGCGAAAACGCCAGACGUGACCUGAAAGAAGGUCUGGUGCUCUACAACACGGAUAACAACGCCGGCCUUAAGGCGGCGUGGAACACGAUACAGUCGGAGUGGAGAUGUUGUGGCGUGUCGGGUCACAACGACUGGUACGUGGCUCUGCAUGAAAACGUGGUUCCCGACCGAUGCUGCCAGCACAUUUUCCCCGGCUGCGGCCGCAACGCCUCCAACACCUUCUGGACACGGGGUUGCUAUGAGAAAGUGGAGGAGUGGCUCGACGACAACAAACACCUUCUGGGAACCAUCGCCAUGUGUGUGUUGGUUAUACAGCUCCUGGGCAUGGCGUUCUCCAUGACGCUUUACCAGCAGAUCCACAGAGGGGGGAAGAAGUACGAAGCCUGACGUGGUUACGCUUAAAAUUAAUGAAUAUAAAUAUAAUCCGCUCCAUUUUGUUACCUUCAGCUUUUUGUUGUAUAGUCAGAAUACGCCAGAUUAUUAUUAUUACGGACCUUUUUUUUAUCUCUCUUUAUUUUCAUCAGGUUUUUUGUGCAUAUCUUUAGAACGUUUAUAUUUUUUAAUCAUUAAAAAAAUCACCCUAGUGAGUUGUUUUUCUGUGUCAUCAGCGUGAGAGUUAAAGGUUGUAGGAAGAGAUUAUGUUUUGACGCCUGUGGAAUAAUAAUGUAGCCAUACUGUAUGUUAAAAGCCUAGUUCACACAAAAUCUGUUCUGGGUACGCUCGUCGUCUACAUUACCCCUGACAUUUUAGGUCUUCAAAAACAGAAAAUGCUGCCGUUUUACAUCCACGUUGCUCUGUUUUUGGUUAUAAAACACGUUCGUCUGUCGUCCACAUUUUUUCCCUCAGUUUCUGACAAUGGAAACACUUGAAAAUGCUGCAAUUUUCCAGAUUUUCAAACAGAUUUUCUGCCAUGUUUUAGAGAUUUUGGAAACACUGCUGGUUUUAGUUUAAAAAAAAUACUAUUUAGAGGUCGCCUAACGAAAGAUUUUCUGUUGUUCAAAUACUGAAAAUCAAAUUGGUUCAUUCUUAGCAGGAAAACCCGAACAUCGGUGCACCGAGUAAGUAAGUAAGACAAACUAAAAAUAAGGCAAAACAAAAUGUUAAAUGUCGCAAAUCUUUCCCCUCGUCGCCACGGAGCGCGGACUGAACUGCGAUCUGGACCUCGGACUCUGAACGUCGUGUGGUGUGAACCCGGCUUGAGCUGAAACAAGCAUUGUGUUGUUUUUAACGUGUUCAAUAAAAGACAAAGAAAGAAAAAAGUCA